AUGACCGAGUCGCAGACCACCCCGACCCCGGAUCAGGCCUCCAUCGAUGAUCUUACCCCCGAGGAGGCCAACCGCAUCAUCCACUCUCAUCGCAAGGUCCGAUAUGGCACCGCUUGCUGGCCAUGUCGCCAACGCAAGGUAAAGUGCGACAACAAACAACCAUGCGAGAAUUGCGUCAAGCGCGAACACCCACAACUAUGCUCCUACAAACCAAAUCGCACAGCCUCUCACGGCACCAACCAUAAGCCCGCUGGCUCCGUCACAACCGAGGGCGGCAACAGCACCGCCGGCGGUAACGGUGUCGCCGCUACAACCGCGCCGACUACAGCAGGCAACGGCACCGCGUCAUCAACGCUCAACCGCAAACGCCCACACUCGCCCGAAGAUCCCGCCGCGGACGCCGCCGCGGGCCAACCUCCCCUAAAGCAGGAACCCGGCGGCGCGACCUGGCCACGCGCGGCUAUCGGCGUGGUGGACGAGACCGAGGCCCCCGAGGCCGUGACGCGGUAUUUGGGACAGAACAGCAUCCCUUCCUUGCUGAGGGAGCAGUCCGGCGCCAACGAGCUGCAAGAGGGCGUCGAUAUACGGCAGGAUAUGCGGUCCAUUCUCGGGCUUGAUACCUCUGCGCCGUUCCCGCUCAUGUCAUCGAAGCAUCUCGAUAGUCUGACGAGAGAGAUUUCGGCGGAGCUGCCCUCGGACCGGGAAGUUAUGAAACUGUUCCGCACAUACAAAGAAACACCCCAACAAUUCUGGGGCUUCGUCGUCGACAUUGACGACCUAGAGUCCAAGCUCAUGGUCUACCUCGAAGACCGCGCCCGCAACGCAAGCAAUGCCGCCCGCACACCGAAACCCGUGUCCGCCUCGUGGCUCGCCAUCCUCUUUGCAUUGCUGGCCGUCGGUUCACAGUACCACGACUCACCGUAUCAUAUCCGCACGCGGGAUUCCCAAAAGUACAUACAAAUAUCGUUCCAUUUCUUGCGGCUCGGCAACUUUUUACUGCGACCCACAUUCGACUCCAUACAAGCUCUUUUGCUUACCAGCUUCGUCCUCCUCAACGAUAUGAAGGCCGAAGCCUCGUGGGCCCUGCUCGGCCUCACUUGCAGACUGGCCCAGUCUCUCGGCCUGCACCGGCCGAACCCCUCCGACGGUCGGGACAGCGCACGGAACGACGGGCAGUCCAAGGAGAUGAUCCGCCGGAAGCUGUGGUGGACAUGUGUGUGGCACGAUACCCUCACAUCACUAUCGUUUGAUCGUCCACCCAUGACAAACAUUCCCUGCUGCCCGAUCCCAACAGUAGCAACCACCAUCGCCGGCGAAUACGGCUACCUAGACACAAUGUACCACCUCUGCGAAAUCAUCUCCCGGCGCCUCAACCCAGACGUCGCAACGACAGUAAGCUACGAGCAAAUGGUUGAAAACUGCGAGGCGGUAGAAAACCUCCGCAACAUGGUCGCCCCCAACAUCCGCAUCAAAGAACAGUGCAAACGCGCCAUCGACCGCCUCCAGCACUACGCCGUCCGCCUCCACACCUCCUUCGUCAUCUCCGUCUGCUGCCGCCCCGCCCUCCGCCGCGACUGCACGAAGCUCACCCCCGAGCAGAAGCGCCACCUCUCGGACAAGUGCCAGCAUAACCUCGCCGAGACGGUCCGCAUGUUCCUCGCCAUGCACCAGCUCUCUGUCAUCCCCACCCGCAGCUGGGCGUUUACGUAUCACGGCCUCUCAUCAGCUCUGCUCCUCGGUAUACUGGGUGAGACCAAGAACAGUCCGGAGGUCCGUCAAUUACAAGGCGACCUCAUCGCCGCGCUGUCCGCGACGGCCGCGAAGGAGGCCACCUCGCCCACGGCCCACAUCCCCAAGACGGACAAGGAUAUCGAGCUGUCUGGGCCGUUAUGGAGAGCGCUGACGGCGCUGCGCAACAUUUACGAGCACGGCACCAUUAUGGGCAUGUCACAGAUGAAGGGGACCGACUCGAGCGGUACCGGAAGCGGGGCGAGGACGCCGUUACCGCCAAUGCUCAUGGGCCCGAUGGGCAACAACGUCAACGGGAACAAUGACGGGAAGCCGUUUGGUAUGGACCCCCACCAGGACGCUGCUCUCGCCAUGGCCGAGAUGCAGAAUGGUACAACAAUGACGGAGUACACACCAAACCACAGCAUGGGAUACCCACCCGUCAGCAUGGAUAACAUUGCCAACCUGGACCCCUCAACAUACAUGUCGCCAAUGGAUCUCUACGAAUCAAUCUGGUGGGAAUCGCCCGACCCCUGGAACAGUGGCGUAGACACGAUGAACUUUGAUUUCGUAGCCCAGCCCCCGCCGGGUCAGCCUCAGCAGCAAUUCUAUUUUUAA